AUUGUCGUCCUGUGCGUUUUCUUGUUUCUUGACGACAGCAGUUGCAGAACCUUCUUCUAUCGCGGUGGAGCUCCGCUUGCUCGCCCGUCACGCACCGGCGAACCUGCCCGAGGGCGCCGAUGGCUCGUCUGCUCGGCUCGCCUGCACAGACGGCCCUCUACACCGUCCUGCUGGGCCUGGCCGUCGUGGGGAACGCCACCGUGGCGCUGGUGGUGGGCAGGAGUGUGGUAACGAAGCACGGCGGGGCCGGCUGCUCGGACGCCAUCAUCCUGAACAUGGCCCUGUCCAGCCUGCUGGUGUCUUCGACGAGGAACAUGGCGGUUCUGGUUUCAGACUGGGGCUAUGAGAUGCCUGCCACUAAAAUGCUGUGUCAGCUCCUGAUGGGGGUGUGGGUGUGGCUGCGCUCGGUCAACGUGUGGUCCACGUUCUGCCUCAGCGCGUUCCACCUCCUGACCCUGAGACGAGCGCGUCCGACCCACGGGAGCCUCCGUCGGGCUGUUCCCGCGGCGCUGCCGAUGAGCCUCGGCCUCAUCUGGCUCCUCAACUUCCUGCUCUCCACCCCCGCGUUCAUCUUCUCCACCAACGGGGGCGUGAACGUCACAGAGUCGCUGAUACUGGUGAGCAGCACCAACCGCCCCGUGCUGCGCUGCGUCUCCGACUUCCCCUCCGUCCACAGCGGCCUGGCCUUCGCCACCACGUCUCUGGUGAUCCAUGAAAUGACCCCCGUCGUCCUGAUGGCCUUCACCAGCCUCUCCUCCCUUCACACCCUCUACAACCACGGCAGGAAGCAUCCUUUGGAGCGAAAUGCCGUGAGGCGCGUUCCUGCGGAGCUGCGGGCCGCUAAGGUGAGGUGCUGCGUCGCGGCGCUCGGACCCGGCUGCUUCAUGCCGUUUUACCUCUUCCACCAGGUGAUUCUUUCCCUCGUCAUGCUGUUCGUCGCAUCCUGGGGAACCAGCGUGAUCUCCGUCACCUAUUUCAACUACAACCGCAGCUCCUCGACGGAGUUCCUCCGGGUCAUCACUCGCUUUUGCAACGUCGCCUUCCUGUCUCUGUCGCCGGCGGUUCUGGCGUUCGGGCAUCGGGGGCUGCGUUCGUUCAUCAGGUCUGUGCUCGCUCGCUGAUGGAGCCCGGGGCCCUGGACGCGCUGCUCACUCAGUGCUGCUAGUUAGAAUUACUGCCAUGAAAGUAGUUUAUAGCACAAUUUAUAGCGAACGUGUGAUAGAAAAUGUGAUGAAAGGUGUAGUCUGCAUUCGAAGGCUGCU